CCCAACCCCAGUCCUUAGCCGUUGCGAACGAGAAAGGCCUAUAUAUAUCAUCAGUCGACCUUGGCUCGUCAGAAACUAAAACAAACAGAGAAUCCAUGCCAGUAACACCUGCAGAUCAGUAGAGAUCGAUAGAGAGAUGGUGGGACCUUCAAGGCCUCAGUUUGUGCUGUUUGGAUCCUCCAUCGUUCAGUACAGUUUCAGCAAUGGAGGCUGGGGUGCCAUCCUUGCAGACUUGUAUGCUCGUAAGGCUGAUAUACUUCUUCGAGGAUAUGCUGGUUGGAACUCGAGGCGUGCUGUACAGGUUCUAGAACAGGUUUUUCCAAAGGAUGCAACUAUUCAGCCAUCAUUGGUGAUAGUCUACUUUGGUGGUAAUGAUUCAAAGCGCCCUAAUCCACUAGGCUUAGGCCCUCAUGUUCCUCUUCCUGAAUAUAUAGAAAAUAUGAGGAAAAUUGCCACUCAUUUACAGUGCCUUUCGGAAAAAACUCGCAUUAUCUUUCUUCCUGCUCCUCCUGUCAACGAGGACCAAAUUUGUGAGAAGUUCAGUGACAUAAUUGGGGAGGUGAAUCGGACAAACAAGCUAGGCAAAAUAUAUUCAGAUGCCUGUUUAGAGCUGUGCAGAGAGAUGAAUAUUAAAGCUGUCGAUCUCUUUACUUCAUUUCAGAAGAGAAAAGACUGGGAAACUACUUGCUUUACUGAUGGAGUCCAUUUUUCAUCUGAGGGAAGCAAAAUUGUGGCAGAGGAGAUACUGAAGGUCCUUAAAGAGGCAGACUGGGAACCUAGCCUGCAGUGGACGUCACUGGCAACAGAAUUCGGAGAGGAUUCGCCUUAUGAUCCAGUAAUUGAUGGAAAACCAAUGAAUGUCUCAAAUGAUGGCGUCGCUAGACUCAUGCAGUGGGGAAUAACUGAAUAAGCAAUGGGAAUUAAGAUGUCGACCAUGCAUGUCCAAAGCUUGUGUGUAUGUAGUUGAUAACAUCUUGAUCUACCAAAUCAAACUUAUGCCUUCUCCAAAUGGUUGAGAGGCGCAAUUGCUUCAAUUCAUAUGUAUCCUCAUAAAAACAAAUAAAUAAAUAAAUAAGCGUCUAUGUUGUAACUUGUAAGUUAC